CUCAAGUGUAAGAUCUGCUACAUUUUCGACGUAUCAUUCCACAGAGCAUAUUCUACAUUAUCCUUAUCAGUGACUAGGGUUUGCAGUUCACUAGCUCACUGGGUCACUUGGCAUCCCAACAUUGACCCUACCACUCAAAAGCCCUCCCAAUUCAGCACCAUCGGCGUCGUCCGUGUCGCAAAACUCCACACCAGUUCACCCUUGUUCAUGAACCCCGCUGCCAAGUGCCAGUUGGGGUAUUUCAAUUUUCCCAUAUAUACUCCCUCUGCCCUCAUACAGUUUUAGAUGAGCCUGGCCCAGGGAGAAGACUCAAACAACCCCCCAAACACUUCCGAGGACUGAAGCCUCGUAGAAGCUUUCUUCAUAACGCCCCACCCCGACUUCCAAGUGCCGACUCAAGACGACAUCACUUGGGGCGCAAGUCGAUCUUCCUCAAGAUGUCUGAGAAAUUCAAUUACGAUGUCGAGGCCAGAGCGGUUAAGCCCAACCUCUCCACCGAGAUUGACAGUUCAGAAUGUAUUGGCGACGAGGGAGCUGUCCCCGCCGAAGCCCUCGUCACCGGGGAUAGCUUUUUUGCAAAGGCCCAGAGAUUCGCAGGUCGCUUUGGUGUUGAGCAGCGAGGCAUUGAGCGUGUGCCCAGUGACGAGCGUUCAGACGCCGGCAUGUCCCAGAUCGGGACCUUGUGGCUCUCGGCCAACAUGGUCGUCUCCGCAUUUGCGAUUGGGGCACUCUCUUACCCAGUCUUCAAUCUCGGAUUCAUCGACACGAUCCUGAUCAUCUUCUUCAUCAACAUCCUAGGGAUCCUGCCCGUCUGCUUCUUCUCGACCUUCGGCCCGCGCUUCGGACUCAGGCAGAUGGUCCUGUCCCGCUUCUUCUUUGGCUGGUACGGCGUGAAAAUCAUCGCCGUGUUCAACGUCCUUGCCUGCAUCGGCUGGUCCUCGGUGAACGUGAUCGUCGGCGCCCAGCUCUUCCACGCCGUCAACGGGAACAUGCCCGGCUGGGCUGGCGUGGUCGUCAUCGCAGUCGCGACCUUCUUCAUCACGCUGUUCGGGUACAAAGUAGUGCACACGUACGAGCGCUACUCCUGGAUCCCAUGCUUCAUCAUCUUCCUCAUCGUGCUGGGUGAGUUCGCGCACUCGGGCCACUUCCAGAACGUGCCCAUGCGCACCGGCAGCUCAGAAGCCGGUGCUGCCCUCUCCUUCGCCGCGUCUGUCUUCGGCUUCGCUACCGGCUGGACCUCCUAUGCUGCCGAUUACACCGUGUACCAGCCCGUUUCCCGGCCCCGCCGCGCCAUCUUCUUCUGGACCUUUGCAGGCCUCUUCUUCCCCCUCCUCUUCACCGAGAUGCUCGGCGCCGCCGUGGCCACCGCCAUAUCCAUCCCCUCCUCCCCCUACAAAGCCGGCUACACAAGUUCCGGAAUCGGUGGUCUUCUCGCCGCCGUUCUCCUGCCCCCCUUAGGAAGAUUCGGACAAUUCUGCCUCGUAAUCCUCGCCCUGUCCAUCAUCGCCAACAACUGUCCCAACAUCUACUCAGUCUCUCUCAGUCUGCAACUCCUCGCGCGCGCCUCACAACGCAUUCCCCGCUUCCUCUGGACCUUCCUAGCCACCUGCAUCUACAUCGCGAUCGCGAUCCCGGGGUACGACCAUUUCGAAUCCGUGCUUGAAGAUUUCAUGCUAUUGAUCGCCUACUGGCUAGCUAUCUACAUCGCCGUCUCCAUCACCGAACACGUCCUCUUCAGACGCGGCUUCGCGGGCUAUCACCCAGAAGACUAUCUAGACAAGGGAAAACUGCCCAUAGGCGCAGCAGCCAUGACAGCCUUCGCGAUGGGCGUCCUAGGAGCCGUGCUGGGAAUGGCGCAACCUUGGUUCACGGGCCCCGUGGGCAAAUUGUGCGGUGCUGACCAUGGUGGUGAUGUAGGCUUCGAGUUGGCGUUUGGAUUUGCUGCGAUUUCAUAUAUUCCACUUCGAUAUUUGGAGAGGAGACGUUUUGGUCGCUGA